CAGUACAUAUGGAGGCGGGGUGUUUUUAGACAGGUACUCUUGUGUGAUGAGGAUAAAAUGAGCCAGACAUCGCACAGCGUGGGAUUUUUUUUUUUUUGGUGGUGGUGCAAGAGCUAUUAUAACUCUGUUCACCUUCGGCAUCUGAGGGCAUCAGUGUGCUACAGCAUAGUCCAGAGAUUGUUCAUGAUGAUGACCCUGAGUCAUCAAUUAAGGAGCUUGCAUUAUGUUCUUUCUGCCUGAUUUAAGAAGACAAGAAGGUCAGCUAAUCCCUUUUAGGAAGAUGCCUCACUGAAAAUUAUUUUUUAAAACUUUCCUUCAAAAGCUUGAAGGAGAUCAUCCAUUUCUAGUGACAAAUAGUCAUCAAGUUUAAGUACCUCUAAGUCUUGCUGUUAAAAAGAAAGUGGAAAUUUGAGGCAUUGGUUUACUUAAAAGUAACUUUAAUUCAUUCCUUUAACACUAUUAAAAGUGUAGUAUACUUCAUUCUCUGAAACUGAAAAUUGAAAAAGAUACAACUUUCUCCAAGGAACUUGCAGAAUUAUUUAGUAGGGCUUAUUAGAUGUGUACACUGGUAAGGAAGAAUUAAAAGUAACAAAAAACAGGUUAAAUUACUAGGGAGAUCUCUUGACAAGAUAGUGGAAGGGACAAUUCUAGUUGUCCCCAAAGCCAGUAGGGAUGGAAAGAACAGAUUCUAAUUCUAUGGAAAUUAGUGAAACAAGAGAUAAAGAUAUUUUAUGUGUCACAAACUUGGUAUGCAAGUGUAAGGUAAUGGUAAGGAGAUCUAGUUAAGACCUUGGUUUGCCAGGCCUCAGUGAUUGUUCUAAAGGAAAGAAGUUUCUGAGUUAGGAGAUCUACUGACUGGCAGCAUACCAGACCAGAGGAUGUAUCUGAGGACAAGCAAAUGUAAUAAGGACAGGAAGAUGUAGAUCAUUAAGACCACCUUGGACUUGUGGGAUAUAUUGUGCUGGAACUGCUCAGUGGCCCCUUGAGAGGCAAGAGUCUCAAGAAGUCUAAGCAGAGAUUCGUAUUUGGAAGUCUUCGUCCAGAAGUGAUUAAAGCCACAAGAUCUCAUAGAAAACUGCCACGUGUUGGGCUCUGUAACAGAUGCUGGAGAUAUAAAGGUGAACCCAAGCAAUGGAGGGAUUACUGCAUUAUAUCAACCCAGCACAUGCCAUUUCUCUCCUGAGUGCCCUCAAUGAGGAGCGCCUCAAAGGACAACUGUGUGAUGUGCUUCUGAUUGUUGGAGACCAAAAGUUUCGAGCUCAUAAAAAUGUCUUGGCUGCCAGUAGUGAAUACUUUCAGAGUUUAUUCACAAAUAAGGAAAAUGAGUCACAAACUGUAUUUCAGCUUGACUUUUGUGAACCAGAUACUUUUGAUAAUGUUUUAAACUACAUUUAUUCUUCAUCUCUCUUUGUUGAGAAAAGCAGCCUCGCUGCUGUGCAAGAACUUGGUUAUAGCCUUGGGAUUUCCUUUCUGACUAACAUUGUUUCUAGGACACCACAAGCCCCCUUUCCAGCAUGUCCCAAUAGGAAAAAAGUGUUCAUAGAAGAUGAUGAAAAUAGUUCUCAGAAGAGAAGUGUCAUUGUUUGUCAAAGUAGAAACGAAGGAAAAACUGUUAGUCAAAAUCAACCUGAUGUAAGCCAUACUUUGCGACCCUCUCCUAGCAUUGCCGUCAAGACCAAUACCAGUAAGCCACAUGUUCCCAAACCUAUUGAACCACUCCACGGUUUGUCAGCAGCUGAGAAGAGCUGGCCCAAAGACAGUACUGGAGGAUAUGUAAAGUCUCUGGAGCACGCUGGCACUCUAGAUGAUCCCAACAGAAGCAGCAUGGGGAAAAGGAACACAGUGUUGCCUUCAAAGCCUCUUCAAGAGAGAGACACUGUGGACGAUAAACCAGGUGUGAGCAGCCAGCUUCCCAAAGGGAAAGCCAUAGAGCUGGCCUUGAAAAGGCCACGGCCCCCUGUUUUGUCUCUCCGUAGCUCAUCAGAGACUCCCUAUCUAUUUAAAGAAACUAACAAAGGAAGUGGUUCAGGUGAAGAUAGAAACUUGUUGUACUAUUCAAAGUUAGGCUUGGUGGUCCCAUCCAGUGUGUCUGGUUCUGGAAACCAAAGCAUCGACAGAAGUGGUCCACUUGUCAAGAGCCUUCUCAGACGGUCCUUAUCAAUGGACAGCCAGGUUCCUGUCUAUUCGCCCUCCAUAGAUCUAAAGUCUUCCCAGGGUUCAUCUUCAGGGUCAAGUGAUACACCAGGAAAUGUGUUUUGUGCUUUAUCUCAAAAGUCAUCUUUAAAAGAUUGUAAGGAAAAAACAGCCCUAGAUGACAGGCCUCAAGUGCUACAACCACAUCGUCUCAGGUCCUUUAGUGCUUCUCAGUCAACAGAUCGGGAGAGUGCCUCCCCUGUGACAGAGGUACACAUAAAGACUGAGCCCAGCAGCCCCCUGUCGGAUCCCUCAGACAUCAUCCGAGUCACUGUGGGAGAUGCAGCAGCAACAGCCUCCUCAUCAACCACAAGAGACCUGUCCCUAAAAACAGAAGAUCAAAAAGACAUGAGCAGACUCCCAGCAAAAAGACGGUUCCAGGCAGACAGAAGAUUGCCAUUUAAGAAGUUAAAGGUGAAUGAGCAUGGGUCUCCUGUAUCAGAAGAUCACUUUGAGGAACACUCAAACCCUACUCUCCUCGAUACAGAUUUUCCAGAUACUGAUUUGAAUAAAGAUGAAUUUGGUGAGUUGGAGGGGACGAGACCAAACAAAAAAUUUAAAUGCAAACAUUGUCUUAAGAUCUUUAGAUCAACGGCAGGUCUCCACCGUCAUGUUAAUAUGUACCAUAAUCCAGAAAAGCCCUACGCUUGUGACAUCUGUCAUAAGAGGUUUCACACCAACUUCAAAGUGUGGACACACUGUCAGACCCAACACGGCAUAGUGAAGAACCCGUCACCCGCUGCUAGUUCUCAUGCAGUUUUGGAUGAAAAAUUCCAAAGAAAGCUGAUUGAUAUAGUGAGAGAGAGAGAAAUUAAGAAGGCCCUGAUCAUUAAGUUAAGGCGCGGCAAGCCUGGCUUUCAGGGACAGAGUAGUUCCCAAACCCAGCAAGCCAUCAAGAGGAACUUGCGGUCUCGAGCCAAAGGAGCAUACAUUUGUGCAUACUGUGGAAAAGCAUACCGCUUUCUCUCUCAGUUUAAGCAGCACAUAAAAAUGCACCCAGGAGAAAAGCCCCUUGGAGUAAAUAGAGUUGCUAAGCCAAAAGAGCAUGCCCCUCUUGCAAGUCCAGUUGAAACCAAGGAGGUUUACCAGUGCCGCCUCUGUAAUGCUAAGCUCUCUUCUCUCCUAGAACAAGGAAGCCACGAGCGGCUCUGCCGGAACGCGACUGUUUGCCCUUACUGCAGCCUCAGGUUUUUCUCACCCGAGCUAAAGCGUGAGCACGAGCACGAAUGUGAGUACAAGAAGCUGACCUGCCUUGAGUGCAUGCGUACCUUCAAGUCCUCCUUCAGCAUCUGGAGGCACCAAGUGGAAGUCCACAACCAGAACAGCAUGGCACCUGCUGAAAACUUCUCCUUACCCACUCUGGACCACAAUGGUGAAGUCACCAGUUCUUCCAGGCCCCAGCCCCAGCCUGAGCCUAAUAAAGUCAACCACGUUGUCACCACAAAAGAGGACAAUGUGUUCAGUGAUUCCUCGGAGCAAGUUAACUUUGAUUCAGAAGAUUCUUCUUGUCUCCCUGAAGACCUUAGUCUUUCCAAGCAACUGAAAAUCCAGGUCAAAGAGGAGCCUGUGGAGGAGGCUGAAGAGGAGGCUCCUGAAGCCAGCGUGGCUCCCAAGGAAGCAGGCCCUAGCAAGGACACCAGUCUGUGGCCCUGUGAGAAGUGUGGGAAAAUGUUCACAGUGCAUAAGCAGCUGGAGCGUCACCAGGAGCUGCUGUGCUCUGUGAAACCCUUCAUCUGUCACGUGUGCAACAAGGCCUUCCGCACCAAUUUCCGGCUCUGGAGUCACUUUCAGUCACACAUGUCCCAGGCCACCGAGGGAUCAGCACAUACGGAUUCCGAGGUGUGCCCUGUGCCCACAAACUCUCCCUCACCACCACCCCUGCCACCACCACCUCCACUGCCCAAGAUCCAGCCUCUGGAGCCUGAUAGCCCCACAGGCCUGUCUGAAAACUCUACUUCAGCCACAGAGAAACUGUUUGUACCCCAAGAAUCAGACACCCUGUUUUACCAUGCCCCACCUCUUUCAGCAAUCACAUUUAAAAGACAGUUCAUGUGUAAACUUUGCCACAGGACAUUUAAGACUGCGUUUAGUCUUUGGAGUCACGAACAAACACACAAUUGAAAGACCAACACUCUUACCUAUUAUGAAAUAGGAGGCAAUCUCCAGAUUUCAACCUGAAUUGUGAGAUGUGUCAUAACAAAGUAUUUUUUAGAAAGUAUAAUAAAAGUUGGAAAUUGAUAUGCUUGAAUUUAAGUUUGAGAUAAAUGGCUAUUAAUAAUGUCUUUACUCAGCUUCAUAAAUACAUUUUAAAAUAUUGUGAUUCUGGACCUUACAGGAAAAGAUGGCUUGAUUUCAUUAAUGUUGAAAUUGGAUUAAUUUUAAUUGUUUGCAUGAUUCUUCAUUCCGAGGUGUCAGUAUAAUCAUUUAAUUGAGGUUUCUGGUUUUUUUUUACUGAUUUGUAAUGAGUGAAAUGCUAUCAAAGUAUUUCUUUUGAUUAUUUGAGACACCUAAGUUCUAGUUGAAUCUUAGCCAUGUUCUUAAGUUCAAAAAUUUAUCAGGAAGAAGAGGAGUAGUUUGCAGUAUUAAUUUAAAGCUUAGAAUAUUUUAGCAAUAAAAAAAAGGUAAACCUCAACUUUAAUAAGUUAUCCUGACACUUGAUAAAAAAUAAAUAUUUGGUAUUUUGUGAUCAUGUAGAACUUCUUUUGUAUAAAAAUUGUGAGAGGUUUAAAUCAGCAAUAGUAACACUUAGAUUUUAUAAAGUAACAAAACCUUGGUGUUUUUGUGUAAUGAUGGUCAAACUCUAAGGAAGGCUUGGGAAAUGAAAACAUGAUUAACGAAAGUCCUCUAAUAAGUUUACAAGAGCUUCCGUAGCGAUAAACAUUGUAAUAAAACUUCUGCACCAUAUUCUGUGUACACUGCACCAUGGUCUCAACUCAGACCUACAUUUGGAGGACUGUGAAUGUUUGGUUUCCUCUAGUUCAUGCUGUUACGAAUUUGAGUGUAGUUGGGAACAAAACGAACAUAUGGCAUUAAUUCUGAAUUUAACAUUGUUAUAACAGGUAAAGUCAGGACAUAUAUUUAAAUAGAUUCCAAACAUUCAGAGUCAGUCCAGCCGCACUAACAUUCUAAAUUAACAUUUACUUCUAGAGACUUCAGAGCAGAGGCGAAACACCGUUCCACAGUUUCAACGUACUUUUCAAGAAUAGUAUAUACAUGCAUUUUCCUGCCUUUCUGUAUUUCAUGACAAUUUCUGUUAGAAUUUGUUGGAUUUAUGUUAGUUAAAAUGACGACAGCAAAACCAUUCUGCUCUAAGCCAGUGCUUAAUAUUUCAUAAAUAUGUAUUAAAGCACUGUUAAGGGUCCAAAAUUAACUUUUGCUAUUUAUUUUAGUCUAUAGGGUAUGGGCCUUUUUUUUCUCUUUUGUGUAAGUUUUAAUUAAAAGUUUUUCCUUGGGUGUUACUUAAGAUUCAGUGGGAUAGUUCAAAAGGGAAAAUUUUCAUUUCACUGGGGGGGAGAGUUAGAUCUAUAAAAGGAAUAGUGAAAUUAUAAAAUCUUUUUAACAAAGUGAUAUGGAUUAAAACUCUGAGUUUAUGAAUUUUUAUAAGCUAUUCUUUCAAAUAAAAAAAAGUCAAUUACUGUGAUUAAGGAGUAAUUUUAAAUUUGUGCUCUAGCAGAAAAGAAUUCUGUACCCUUCAACAUACCAGUGGUAGGAAAGCUAUUUUUUAAAUUGAAAUACAAACAUUUUCAUAAAAUACUAAUUGACAUUAUAUAAUAUAGAAAUUAUAUAUAUAAAAUUUUGCCUUUUGUUUUCACUUGAAAAAAUAUCAAACCCAAAGUGUUGUAGUAGUUAAUGUCCCAUUUUGUUCUAACUUCAGUGAAGAAAGAAAAAUAAAAUUAAGUUGCAGUUACUGAUUCUUGCCAUCUUUAUAUUUUCUUGAAGAAAUCUAUGCAGUUUAAAGAAAACUAACGCGUAUGAUCUAAUAUCAUCAGGAUGUAUUGUUACACAUUGGAUUCAUUUUCUGUAUAAAGUGAUAUUUCUUACUCUGAACAUCUCAUUAGCAGUGUCUUCCUCAAAGGAAGACAGUUUUCCUGAGUAGUCAUCACCUCCAUGGCUAUUAAAGCAUCUUUGAUAAUUCCAUAAUACCUAGUGUCUUGGCAUUGUAAAUUCAGUAUCCCAGGACUUGAACUUUUAUGCUACGUUUUUGAAGAUUUUUUAAAAAUAAUCAGUAAAAAAAAUAUUUUUGAUCUAAAUACAGACUCUGUAUAUGUGUUAGAUUUUAAAAAUUACCAGUGUUUUGUCUUGUUAGUUCACAUUUUUUGUCUAGGCAAGGAAUAUAAGAUUUCAAAUAAAAUUUUGAACCAAAAACAUUUAUAAUGCAGUUCUGGUUUUUCUAUUAAUUUUUAUACUGUACCUUAACAGCAUUAGUCUGACAGAGUUUAUUUUAGUGGUCAAAAAGAUAAACUAUCCUGCCACUAUAUAACUAUUUUAGAUGCUGAGAAGUAUUGGGUCGUUGGAAAAGUCAUGACACAUUCUUGCAUAGAAAAACAGAAAAAUACAUCAUGACUUUUCCGACAACCCAAUAAAAUAAUGAAAGACAUUACUUUAUUCAGUAAAUUUUUUAAGAAUGUUUAUCUCAGUAAGCAAAUACUUGGUGUAAAACAAGUUGGUCUUUCAUUGUUGCAACUCUAGCUAGUAAAGAUAUUCUUGUAAAUGUUUUUUCUGAUUGUAAUUAAUUUUUGAAAAUGUAGAAAGCUCAUUAUUCCUUGUAAGUAUUCAGAAUGCCUGCUUUUUUUAUGCAGUUGUAGAAAGAAUGUAAAAUGUUUUAAUAUAUUCUUUGUUAUCUGAGAACUUGUUUUGAAUCAUUUUCUUUAUGUGGGGAAAGGAGAAACUUAACAUGAAAUGUGUUUUUAUCACUCAAAGUAAGCAAUGGAGGUAACAAAUGCUGUGCAUUUUUAGCAGUUGUAUUUCAAGAUUAACCAGUCAAUCGGUAGGCAUUAAUAAUUUUACCAAAGUAUACAACUAACAAUUCAACAAUGAUGUUAUUUGCGAUUGUGGGGAAAUGUAUGAUCUUGGUUUGGGGAAUGGAACAUUUAUAGUCUUUUCUUUGUAAAGAUAUGCCUCAGCACUUAAUUGGUGAUUGUCUGAAUCCACCUGUAUCCCCCGUUAGUGCUAAUAAAAGUGGUAGCUGUGAGACAGGGAAAAGAAGGUGCCCUUUUAUCAAGGCAAGGGUAGCUGCAUGUACAGGCCACGUGUGUGGAUAGUGCAAGGUAAAAAUGUAAAAAUUACAGAUCUAAAGUUGGCUUUUGUUCCCUCUAAUUGACGUGUGCAUUUGUGUGUACAACCAUAAUUUGGAAUUUGAGGGAGUUGAAUUUUUUAAAUUUUCUUAGCACAGAAAUAAUUAGGUGUCAUUUCCAACAGAUUUCUUUAUACAUUUAAUCUGAUUAACCAUUAUUGGACUGUUAAAAGUCAGUUUGUCAACAACCUCUGAUGUCUCAUUGAUAUUUUUUGCAAUAAUUGUGAGAUGCAUUAUUGAUUUUAAUAAUGCUAACAUAUUCUUUAACAUAUGUUCUUUAACAUUGGCUAUUAUUUAGAAAAUUUUAAAUAUAGGUUUUUUUCUUUUGUGGCUUUAGCACUUUAGAAGUUUGACAUUUGGAUAAUGUUGCAUAUGCUCUCUGAGUGUGUACUCCAACUUUUAGCAUUUCUGCAGGACUGGGGAGAGAAUGUGAGUUGCUAUCAGGUAUUUGAAAAAUUCCUUUUAGAGACAGUCUUUUGGGAACCAAAGUACUUUACUGUAAAUCUUUAAAAUAAUUGAACUCAGCACGCUUUAGUCAUUUGUUAGUGCCGUCCAGAUUUUCCAGUUAUACUUGAUUAAUACUGAUUUUCAAAAGGUGAUAAUUUCUUAUUGACAUUAAGACUUUCAGGUUUUUAGUUGACUAUGUGCUUAUUGUUAAAAACAAUGAGUGGUUUAUGAUUGUGGAUAUUUUGUCAUCAUAGGCCUUUGCACAGUAAAUCAUUGUUUAAGUUUAUUUAGGAAUAAGCUUCUUUGGACUGAAAACUCAUAGCAAAGUAGGGUUUCUAAUGUUAAUCCAUUGCUUAUUUGUAUCCAACUCUAUUUACUUUGCUUAAAUCUUGACUAAGAAUGAUUGGAGUCAAUAAAUUUGUACUGUAUUUUGCUUUGA